UCCUCCUCCUCCUUCGCCUCCUCCUCCGUGGGCGGCGGUGCUGCAGAGAUGGUGGAAGAAGAAUCGAGCGUGACCACCGGCGCUGCUCAAGAAGAAUGCUGCAGCAGCGCCUCCAUUGCUCGAGGCGGGCCCCUCUUCGUCCCCAACUUCAUCGGCCCUCUCACUCGCGCCCCCGAGUUCGAAGCUUCUCUCCUCCGCGAGCUCGAGAAGCUGAAGGCGGAGGUUUCUUGCGGUUUGCAGCAAGAGUGCGAUGAGGACUUAUCUGUGGAUGAGCUCAAAGUGUUCAGUGAGGAAGAGUUGGUAGACAUGGCUAUGAAGGAGGCGUUUCAAGAUCAGGAACUUCUUGAUUGUUCUGAACAGCAUCCAGAAGGCCAAUCCAAUUCUAGGCAUGAAGAUGACCAAGGAGCAACAAGCCGAGACCAUCCAAAUUUAGAGAACUCAGCCAGCCAAGGAGAAGCCUCAAAUGCAUUAGAAUGCUUUAAUGGAUUUCAUUCUCAAAAAACAGCUAGAAAUUCGAGCACAAAGAACUCCAAGAAAAGAACGAGAAAUGAGGAAAACAGUCAAGCUCUUGAACAUAGUUACAUGGGAAAAGUGGAUGAAAUUGUGAAGAUCAAACUAAAGCAGGAUGAAGACAAGGAAGCAGCAAGGCUGCAUUCAUUCAAUGCCAUCUGUAAGAUUGAUGAAGGUGCUGUUCCACCUAUGGAGAGAGUUGAGAGGUUGCAAACCUUGAGGUUGACAAACUCUGAAGUGAAGGUGAAAUCAUCAGACCUUCAGGAAAACAUGCCUGUGUUGUAUCCUGAAAUUGUUCUUUGCGUGGAGGUUUACCAUAACGUAAGGAGAUGGAUCAAGACACAAGAGUUCUUGGUUCUUGGACGACAAUUGUUGACGGAAUUGAGGGACAAGAUAUAUUGCAUGAUGGACCAUAUAAUGCAGAAAGCUGGAAAGCACGAUUCUUCAGGAUAUUUCCUCAUAGAAGAUUUCUUUUGCAAUGAUUUGAGGGACCCCGCUGCUAUAGAUUACAGCAAACCCAUCCUUGAGUGGCUUAGGAGUUCAAAGGAGGAAGCUCUCAAAAAAUGGGAGUGCAUCCUAGCUGGUGAGUUGGGGCAGAAGCAGAAGGAUGUUGUAGGUGACACAGCGAUCUCCCAACUGCCUCAAUUCAAAGCCGUGGAGAUGCAAAAGACGCGGUUUUGUGAUUUGAAAUUUCAACUAGGUGCCGCAUAUCUAUAUUGUCAUCAGGGAGAUUGCAAGCACACAAUUGUGAUUAGAGAUAUGAGGUUGAUUCAUCCAGAAGAUGUACAUAACCGAGCGGCUUAUCCUAUUGUCACGUUCCAGCAGAAAACACGUGCACAAAAAUGCUGCGUGUGUAAGAUCUAUAGAGCUACAAAGGUAACCCUGGAUGACAAAUGGGCCAGGGAGAACCCUUGCUAUUUUUGUGAUAAUUGCUAUUUCUUGCUUCAUUACUCCAAAGACAGCUCUCUGUUGUAUAGUGACUUCUCUGUGUAUGAUUAUCACCAUGAUUAAUAGCAUUUACAUUCGCAAA